GGGAAUCCCUUAAACAACGUCAACAAAUCCAAAAAUAGACUUGGCUGGGCUUCCUCGUGGCCACGCGCGUGCGUCUCGCGUGGUUUCCACCGGCAAAAUGGCGGAUUCCAGCGCGGCUGGGGCUUACAGGGAUGUGAACUGUAAUGAACCAGCGAUAAAAUGGAAGCCAUUGUCUAUGACGUUUGUGGAGUAUCCAGCAGGAGAUUUCAUUGGUUUUGUGCUGGCUUGGUUCAGCAUGAUCCCAAUCUUUCUACUGGUCAGUUUUGGUACAUUAAUUAUCUUCAGACGAGAUCUUCAUACAAUGUCAUAUUUACUAGGUUUAUUACUAAAUGAAGUUGUUAACUGGAUUCUGAAACAUAUAAUCAGAGAAAGUCGGCCAUUAAGAGAUCACCAAAUAUUGUUCACAGAGUAUGGAAUGCCCUCUUCACAUACUCAGCUCAUGUUUUUUGCUGCCUCCUAUUUUGUCUUAUUUGUUUUUAUACGAAUACACAGAAAUUACCACUGGGUGGAUGACAUCUGGAAAUAUGGCGUGUCAAUAGCAGGGUUUAUAACAGCUAUCAUCGUAGCAUUUAGCAGAGUGUAUCUAUUAUACCACACCUAUAGCCAGGUGAUUUGUGGGGCCAUCGUGGGAAUGAUCCUGGGCGGGGCAUGGUUCUGUGUUGUUCAGCUCGUCUUAACACCAUUUUUCCCAGUUAUCGCAUCACAUCCAAUUGGAGAAUUUUUAAUGCUGAGAGAUUCCACAUUAAUUCCUCACGUAAUGUGGUUUGAGUACACAUCAACACGGAGUGAAUCAAGAAGCCGACAAAGAAAAGUUACAUCUAGAAAAUCCCAAUGACUACGACUGAGGAGGUAGCAAAGAUGCCCGCUAUAUUAACCAAUGGAGAGGAACAAUACAUAAACUCUUGGUGCCAUGACUGAAAACAGCUCAUUUGAUUGGCUUCAUGAGCCAAGAAAGAAAAGUCACAUCCAGGAAGUCACAAUGGCCAAAGUUAAUGAGGUAGCAAAAAUGCCCGCUAUAUUAACCAAUGGAGAUGAAUGUCACACAAACUCUAGUGCCAUGACUGAAAACAGCUCAUUUGAUUGGCUUCCAGUUUUGCAGACUUUAUUCAUAGACCAAUCAUUUGGAAGGGAUGCAAAUAUUUUCUACUUGUGAAUACAGUGCUUCAUAUUUACUUAAAUAACAUAAACAUCAACUUUGUUCAACUGUUUUGUCUGGUGAAAUUUCCAAAUAUAUAUAUGGUUGUGUUUUUAAAAAAAAAAUUAAGGUUUGUCUCCUAAAAAUGGUUAUUUAUAAGGUCUCAGAAUUCUUCAAUUUUCAUGUUGUAGUAUGAUAACUGUAAAAAUGGACAGCAAAUAGCUUAUCUUUUCUGACUGUAAAAUUUGCAAAACUUUGACCAUCGUUUGCCUUAACUGAGUACUUAAAAUUCCCUGAAAAUUUGGUGAUUUUUGUCCGUGUACCAUUGCUUGUGUCUCCAUGGGUCACACAUACAGUAUUGCUACUGCUGAUAUUUAGGUGGAUUUCUGACAGUUUUUAGUUCAUGUUUUCUUCCUCACUGGUAAUGAAUGUUGUUUUAAUUUUUAUACAUAUUUUUUGUUUUAUGGAUUUAAAUACUGUUAAGAGUAAGACUUUGAGUUUCAAUUUUGUUUGAUAUUUUUAAAUACUGUAUUUCAACUAAAGUUCAGACAUUUUUUGAGCAACACGUUUUGCUUGAUUCAUCCAUGUUACAGGGCCACUUUAUACAUACCAGACUUUAGGUGAAACACGGUGCGUAUAAAAAUCAGUGGAACAAAAGAAAACAUGAUCCGUGUUUUUUGUCACCACUCAUGUCAGUGUCCACCUGGUAACUAAGGGAAGAAUCAUGAUAUGGAGGCCCGCCAAGACAUGGUUGGGAAAUUGCUGAUUUGGCCUUAAGCCAUAAUCAAUCAUUCAUUCAUGAUAUGGAGGAACAAUGGGUAGUGUUACGAAGUGAAACCUUUUCUACACACCUGGAAAAAAAAUGAUUCAGUCACUUACAAAUUUGCCAGUUGCCUUGCACACUUUUGAAAAAAAUCUUUAAAAUUUUUUCUGAAAAUAUUUGUUGUUGACUUUCCCACUUGACUUAUAAACUGACAGGUAAUUGUGAUACAGGUAAAUCAUGAUUCAUGAUAAUUAAAGCUGGGAUUUUUCCACGUUAGUGACAUGGAAUAGUAGUAAGCUAUGGUCCUAUGAUAGCAGGACAGGCAUGAGAUUUGUCCUCUUUUCGGAGGAAUUCCUCUUUAUUGAUAC